CGGGGAUGGGGGGAGGAUGAUGCGUGCGGCCAGAGAGACACGCUCGGUGCGGGCUGAGGUGGGGUGGGGGAGAUGCAGGGAGGGGAGCCCCCGCCUUGCUCCCCAAUUGAGCCACUCACCGAGGAGCACCCGUGUGCUGGAAAGCCCUCUGCAGCCAGGGCGGGGGGUGUGUGUGCUUCAGGCAGGGUGGGGGCUCCCCCAUUGCCUUUGUUCCCUUCAGACCCACCCCUCGCCUCUGAUUUUCCUUUGCGGCAGCUCCCGUGCUUGCCAAAAGAACGCACUGGAUGGAGCGAGGGAGCGAGCCGGGCGUGUUGUGCGUGUGUGCGCGCUUGUGUGCGCCUGUGUUGCCACUGACUUCAUUAAAGCGAGCUGUCCCCGAGCUGCAGAGGCGCGGCAGCCUUUAAUUUUGUGGCCCGGCUCCUGCGGGAAGCCGACGUCGCCUUGCGCGCUCCUGCCCCAGAAGGGCUGGGCAUCCCUGCCGCCGCAGGUGCUCGCCCGGGGGCUCAGCCCUGCGCCCUGCCCGCUGCCCCAGCGAGCCGGCAGAUGGGCGGCCGGGCUCCCGCAGGAUGCUGAAGAUGGAGUCGGGAGGAAGGAGUUGGACACUUGGCUCCAACUAGGCUGGACCACGCUACAACCUGUUCCCCCGGCCGCGGCUGCUGCGCUGGGAUGGCUCGCUUUGGGGAGGCAGUGGCCGGCAGGCUGGGCUCUGGAGAUGGGGGCUCCGACCAGAACCGGAGCCGGCAAGGAGCUCCUGCCCCUGCGGGAGGGAGCCCGGGAGCCUUCAAGCAAACCAAAGCGCAGAGAGCCCGGACUAUGGCUCUGUACAACCCCAUCCCCGUCCGGCAGAACUGCUUCACCGUCAACAGAUCGCUCUUCCUCUUUGGAGAGGAGAACAUAGUCAGGAAAUAUGCCAAGAAGCUCAUCGACUGGCCUCCCUUCGAGUACAUGAUCCUGGCGACCAUCAUUGCCAACUGCAUCGUGCUGGCCCUGGAGCAGCACCUCCCCGAGGAUGACAAGACACCCAUGUCACGGAGAUUAGAGAAGACGGAGCCCUACUUCAUUGGGAUUUUCUGCUUCGAGGCUGGGAUUAAGAUCGUGGCCCUGGGGUUUGUUUUCCACAAGGGCUCGUACCUGCGCAAUGGCUGGAACGUCAUGGACUUCAUUGUGGUCCUCAGCGGCAUCCUGGCCACGGCCGGGACACACUUCAACACCCACGUGGACCUGCGGACGCUGCGGGCCGUGCGUGUGCUCAGGCCUCUGAAGCUCGUCUCGGGCAUUCCCAGCUUGCAGAUUGUCCUGAAAUCCAUCAUGAAGGCCAUGGUGCCUCUCCUCCAGAUUGGUCUGCUGCUCUUUUUUGCUAUCCUCAUGUUUGCCAUCAUUGGCCUGGAGUUCUAUAGCGGGAAGCUGCACCGAGCCUGCUACACAAACAAUUCAGGUGAACUAGAGGAGCUGGACCCUCCCCAUCCAUGUGGGGUGCAGGGUUGCCCCCCGGGCUACGAGUGCCGGGAGUGGAUCGGUCCCAACGACGGGAUCACACAGUUUGACAACAUCCUCUUUGCUGUGCUGACUGUCUUCCAGUGCAUCACCAUGGAAGGGUGGACCACAGUCCUGUACAAUACCAAUGAUGCCUUAGGAGCCACCUGGAACUGGCUGUACUUCAUCCCCCUCAUCAUCAUUGGAUCCUUCUUUGUCCUCAACCUUGUCCUGGGAGUGCUGUCAGGGGAGUUUGCCAAAGAGCGAGAGCGCGUGGAGAACCGCCGAGCCUUCAUGAAGCUGCGGCGGCAGCAGCAGAUCGAGCGGGAGCUCAACGGCUACCGGGCCUGGAUAGACAAAGCGGAGGAAGUCAUGCUGGCUGAAGAGAACAAAAAUUCGGGGACCUCAGCCUUAGAAGUGCUCAGGCGAGCCACCAUCAAGCGGAACCGGACGGAUGCCAUGUCGGGUGAUGAGCAGUGUGUCGACAUCUCCUCUGUGGGCGAGCGGAGGCUGGCGCAGAGAAGACCUCUCCAUCCAACCUUGGGUAACCCCUCGAGUCACUCUGGCCUCAAAGGUGCCAGGGUGGAUGGAGCCUCCUACUUGCGGCACAAGGAGCGACUCCUGCGCAUCUCCGUCCGCCACAUGGUGAAAUCCCAGGUCUUCUACUGGAUCGUCCUCAGCCUGGUGGCUCUCAACACUGCCUGUGUGGCCAUCGUCCAUCACAACCAGCCAGCCUGGCUCACCCACUUCCUCUACUAUGCAGAGUUCCUGUUUCUUGGGCUCUUUCUUCUGGAGAUGUCCUUGAAGAUGUACGGGAUGGGGCCACGCCUUUACUUCCAUUCUUCCUUCAACUGCUUCGACUGUGGGGUCACAGUGGGAAGCAUUUUCGAAGUGGUUUGGGCUAUAUUCAGACCAGGAACCUCUUUUGGGAUCAGUGUGCUACGAGCUCUUCGUCUCCUGCGGAUAUUUAAAAUAACCAAGUACUGGGCAUCCCUGAGGAAUUUGGUGGUCUCGCUGAUGAGCUCCAUGAAAUCUAUUAUCAGCCUGCUCUUCCUCCUCUUCCUCUUCAUUGUGGUCUUUGCCCUGCUGGGAAUGCAGCUGUUUGGAGGCAGGUUUAACUUCAUGGAUGGGACUCCAUCGGCCAACUUUGACACCUUCCCUGCAGCCAUCAUGACGGUGUUUCAGAUCCUGACAGGCGAGGACUGGAACGAGGUGAUGUACAAUGGCAUCCGCUCCCAGGGAGGCGUGCGCUCAGGGAUGUGGUCCUCCAUCUACUUCAUCGUCCUCACUUUGUUUGGGAACUAUACUCUGCUGAAUGUCUUCUUGGCCAUUGCCGUGGACAACCUGGCCAACGCUCAGGAGCUCACCAAGGACGAGCAGGAGGAAGAGGAGGCCUUUAACCAGAAGCAUGCCCUUCAGAAAGCCAAAGAAGUCAGCCCCAUGUCUGCCCCAAACAUGCCUGCUAUCGAAAGAGACAGGCGGAGGAGACACCACAUGUCGAUGUGGGAGCCACGCAGCAGCCACCUGCGGGAGCGUCGCCGGCGGCACCACAUGUCGGUGUGGGAGCAGCGCACCAGCCAGCUGCGCCGGCACAUGCAGAUGUCCAGCCAGGAGGGCAUCAACAAGGAUGAGCCGCCCCUCAUCAAUCCCCACGCCAGCAUCUUCCGCAGGAAGAGACCCGGGGAGGGUGUCACCCUGGAGAAAUGCACUGAGGAGCAGGGCAAGGGCGAGCGGCCGCUGGCCGAGGGACCCGAGCAGCCGGCCCCAGGGGCCAAUCCCGGCGGGGGCGAGGACAGGACAUCGCCCCGGGCCAAGCGGGACAAGGACAUGUGGCAGCAGAAAUCUUGCCAUGGGAACUGUGAGCCGGGAGAACAGGACGGGGCGGGAGGCAGCAUCGAGGAUAGGGCCAGGAUGAGACAGAGCCAGCGGCGCAGCCGGCACCGCAGAGCCCGCAUGGAGGGCAAGGACACGGCUAGCAUCUUGGGGAGCCGCUCUGCCAGCCAGGAGAUGGGGCUGGAGGAGGCCAGCACUGCCGAGGGGGCACAGGACGGGGACCGGCGUGGGGACGUGGCUGCAGCAGAGGCACUGAUUCCGGGGGAGCCGGAGGCGAGCGGGGAGUCCAUCAGGACAAACGGGGUCCCUGCUGGCGAUGCCGAUCUGAUUGGGGCCGCCAAGAAGGGGAGCCCCCCGCACGCCGCAGCCGAGCUCUCGCAGGGGAAGGUGACGGAGCCGGACUGCAGCAGCCCGGACACGAGCGAGCAGGCGCUGCUGGAGCCCAGCCGCACCGUGAGCCGCAGCGAGCCCGACCUCUCCUCCAUCACCCCCAACACCGAGAAGGCCACCGAGAGCACGGCCAUCAUGAUCGAUGUCCACGACUCCGCUGUGGUACAGAUUAGCAACAAGACAGACGGUGAAGCCAGCCCCUUAAAGGAGGCCGAGACCAAAGAGGAUGAGGAAGAAAUGGAGAAGAAGAAGCGGAAGAAGGAAAAGAGUGAGACGGGCAAAGCGAUGGUGCCACACAGCUCCAUGUUCAUCUUUAGCACCACCAACCCGGUGAGGAGGGCCUGCCACUACAUCGUGAACCUGCGCUACUUCGAGAUGUGCAUCCUCCUGGUGAUCGCCGCCAGCAGCAUCGCCCUUGCCGCCGAGGAUCCCGUCCUCACCAACUCCGACCGCAACAAAGUCCUGAGGUAUUUCGACUACGUCUUCACUGGUGUCUUCACCUUUGAGAUGGUGAUCAAGAUGAUUGAUCAGGGCUUGAUCCUGCAGGACGGCUCCUACUUCCGAGACCUCUGGAACAUCCUGGAUUUCAUUGUGGUGGUGGGAGCGCUGGUGGCUUUUGCCUUGGCGAAUGCUUUGGGGACCAACAAGGGCAGGGAUAUCAAGACCAUCAAGUCUCUCCGUGUGCUGCGGGUCUUGAGGCCCCUGAAAACCAUCAAGAGACUGCCCAAACUGAAGGCCGUUUUUGACUGCGUCGUGACAUCUCUCAAGAACGUCUUCAACAUCCUCAUUGUCUACAAGCUCUUCAUGUUCAUCUUCGCCGUCAUUGCCGUGCAGCUCUUCAAGGGCAAGUUCUUCUACUGCACUGACAGCUCCAAGGACACGCAGAAGGACUGCAUAGGGAACUAUGUGGACCACGAGAAGAACAAGAUGGAGGUGAAAUGCCGGGAGUGGAAGCGGCACGAGUUCCACUAUGACAAUAUCAUCUGGGCUCUGCUCACCCUGUUCACGGUGUCCACCGGCGAGGGGUGGCCCCAGGUGCUGCAGCACUCGGUGGAUGUGACGGAGGAGGACCGCGGACCCAGCCGCAGCAACCGCAUGGAGAUGUCCAUCUUUUAUGUCGUCUAUUUUGUGGUCUUCCCUUUCUUCUUCGUUAACAUUUUCGUGGCUCUCAUCAUCAUCACGUUCCAAGAGCAAGGAGACAAAAUGAUGGAGGAGUGCAGCCUGGAGAAGAACGAGAGGGCCUGCAUCGACUUUGCCAUCAGCGCCAAGCCCCUGACGCGGUACAUGCCCCAGAACAGACACACCUUCCAGUACCGCGUGUGGCACUUCGUGGUGUCCCCGUCCUUCGAGUACACCAUCAUGGCCAUGAUAGCGCUCAACACCGUGGUGCUCAUGAUGAAGUACUAUUCUGCUCCAUACACCUAUGAGCUGGCCCUGAAGUACCUGAACAUUGCCUUCACCAUGGUGUUCUCCUUGGAGUGCGUCCUCAAGAUCAUUGCUUUUGGCUUCCUGAAUUAUUUCCGGGACACCUGGAACAUCUUUGACUUCAUCACGGUCAUCGGCAGCAUCACGGAGAUCAUCCUGACGGACACCAAGGUGAAGCAGGGGCUGGGAGCAGUGGGUGUGGGGUGGUGGUGGGGGCUCCCACCUCCCUCUGACCCUCUCAUUUCCUCCCAGCUGGUGAACACCAGCAGCUUCAACAUGAGCUUCCUGAAGCUUUUCCGGGCUGCUCGUCUCAUCAAGCUGCUCCGCCAGGGCUACACCAUCCGCAUCCUGCUCUGGACAUUUGUGCAGUCCUUCAAGGCACUCCCCUAUGUCUGCCUCCUGAUUGCCAUGCUCUUCUUCAUCUACGCCAUCAUUGGGAUGCAGGUUUUUGGCAAUAUCAAACUGGAUGAGGAAAGCCACAUUAACCGGCACAACAACUUCCGCAGCUUCCUGGGCUCCCUCAUGCUCCUCUUCAGGAGUGCCACUGGGGAGGCGUGGCAGGAGAUCAUGCUGUCCUGCCUGGAGGGCAAAGGCUGCGAGCCGGACACGACGGCGACGUCCGGGCAGAACGAGAACGAGCGCUGCGGCACCGACCUGGCCUAUGUUUACUUUGUGUCCUUCAUCUUCUUCUGCUCCUUCCUGAUGCUCAACCUGUUUGUGGCAGUCAUCAUGGACAACUUUGAAUACCUGACACGAGAUUCCUCCAUCCUGGGCCCUCACCAUCUGGAUGAGUUUGUCCGGAUCUGGGCAGAGUAUGACCGAGCAGCGUGCGGCAGGAUCUCGUAUAAGGAUAUGUACAAAUUAGUACGGGUGAUCUCGCCUCCUCUGGGCCUAGGAGAGAACUGCCCCUACAGGGUGGCGUGCAAGAGACUGGUGCUGAUGAACAUGCCCGUGGCCGAGGACAUGACGGUCCACUUCACCUCCACCCUCAUGGCGCUGAUUCGCACCGCCUUGGACAUCAAAAUUGCCAAAGGUGGUGCAGAUUGGCAGCAGUUGGACUCGGAGCUUCAAAAGGAGAUCCUGACCAUUUGGCCUCACCUGUCCCAGAAGAUGCUUGACCUGUUGGUACCCAUGCCAAAAACCUCUGACCUGACUGUUGGGAAAAUAUAUGCAGCCAUGAUGAUCAUGGAUUACUACAAGCAGAGCAAGGCGAAGAAGCAGCGGCAGCAGCUGGAGGAGCAGAAAAAUGCCCCCAUGUUCCAGCGCAUGGAGGCAUCCUCUCUGCCGCAGGAAAUCAUUUCCAAUGCAAAGGCUCUGCCGUACCUCCAGCAGGACACCCUCUCGGGCCUGAGCAGCCGAGGCGGGUUCCCCUCGCUGAGCCCGCUCUCGCCACAGGAGAUCUUCCAGCUGGCGUGCAUGGAUCCGGCCCAGGAGCAGUACCAGGAGCACCAGUCUCUGGAGCCAGAGGUUAGGGAGUUUCAAAGAGUGCAGCCCUCUAACCGUGGCAGCUACCUUCCCGUGGACACUCAGGACCACGCUGUCUCUGGGAGGGCCUCCUCCAUGCCUCGUCUCACUGUGGAUCCCCAGGUAGUGACAGACACCAGCUCCAUGCGGAGAUCGUUCUCCACCAUCCGGGACAAGCGGCCCAACAGCUCCUGGCUGGAUGAGUUCUCCAUGGAGCGCAGCAGCGACAACACCUACAAGUCCCGCCGGCGCAGCUACCACUCCUCGCUCCAGCUGUCUGCCCGGCGCCUCAACGCUGACUCGGGCCACCGGUCCGAGGGGCACCGCUCGGGCAGGGAGCGGGGCCGAUCCAAAGAGCGCAAGCACCUGCUGUCCCCUGACAUCUCCCGCUGCAACUCCGAGGAGAGGAGUCCCCAGGCGCAGGAGGAGUCACCGGAGCGGCGGCGCGAGUCCCGGUCACCCAGCGAGGGCAGGUCACAGACACCCAGCAGGCAGGGCAUGGGCUCCCUGAGCGAAAGCUCCAUCCCCUCCAUCUCGGACACCAGCACUCCCCGGCGAGGCCGCCGCCAGCUGCCGCCGGUGCCCCCCAAGCCGCGUCCCCUGCUGUCCUACGCCUCCAUGCUGCGGCACGCCGGGGACGCCUCUCCCCCCGCCGACGAGAGCGAGGGGGGCUCUCCGCUGCUCUCCUCCACCCUGGAUCCCAGCACGGCCGGCCCGGCAGAGUCUUCCAGCUCCCCGGCGGGGAAGCAGAGCCGGCAGUCCACGCCGCAGCGCUACAUCUCGGAGCCCUACCUGGCGCUGCACGACGACUCGCACGCCUCAGACUGCGGUGAGGAGGAGACGCUCACCUUCGAGGCGGCCGUGGCCACCAGCCUGGGCCGCUCCAACACCAUCGGCUCGGCGCCGCCGCUGCGGCACAGCUGGCAGAUGCCGAACGGGCACUACCGGCGGCGGCGGCGAGGGGCAGCGCAGGGCGUCAUGUGCGGGGCCAGCAUCGACGUGCUCAGCGACACCGAGGAAGACGACAAGUGCUAGAAGCUGCACCCCCCGCGACCCGCCGCCCGACCCCACCUCGGCUGAACCCCCCCCUCGCCCCGCCCUUCUCCAAUGCAUGCUCUUCGCCACGCCUGGGAAUGAAACUAAAAACCAAAAGCCAAACGCAGGGGGGGAAAAAAAAGAGGAAAAAAAUAACAAAAGAAACAAAAAAAUACCCCAACCCGAACCG